AAAAAUUUCCAAAGAGACAUUUUGUCAUGCAUGUACUUAGUAAAUGAGUUUCUUUGUUAUUCUAAAAUGUUUUUGCUUUUUUACGUACUUAAUCAGAUUUUUGUCCCAAGGAAGCAAAUAGUGAAAACCAAUAUCUUGACAACAACUUGAUAAGUAUGACGGACUUUGCUGGACAAGUGGCGUACUACGCAUGUCACCAGGUAUAUCUGUCAAGGAGGGCGUUCUACAUCGUGGUGGUCGACAUGUCCAAGAAGCUGAAGGAAGAAUGUCGAUUGCAUGACACAGAUCGUCACAACCCAACAGGUUCCUUAUUUCAUUCCUGGACAUACAGAGACUACUUCCAUUUUUGGCUCCAAACAAUAAAUACAUACUGCAAUGAUGGAAUAACACAAAAAGAUCCGAAAGACACAACAGAAACCAAAGAAUCCACGGCGAAUGUCAAUUUACACCCGGUUAUUAUCAUUGCCUCCCAUAAAGACAAGCUGGGAGGGAUUUUGCAAAAAUCGGAUGCAUUUUACGGCCAAUUAGAAGCGAGUUUGUCUGAAGAACAAAGCUUGAAAAGACUUAUAUCACCAUACCGAUAUUUUGAAGUAGAAUGUCCGCCAAAAGUAUUGAGUCCAGAACAGCAAAUGUCAAUUGAUCGUGUAAAGAAGUGUAUCGUAGAAACUGUACAAAAGCUACCACAUUGGGGUGAAGAAGUUCCCUUGAAAUGGUUUGAACUUGAAAAAAGUCUUAACCAGAAGAAAGCAAAUGGAGAAAAAGUCUUGAAGUGGUCAGAAUUGAAAGAAGCGGCAAAAUUGUUUUCAAUAGACGAAGAUGACCUCAAUGAUGUUCUUCGUUUCUUACAUGAAAUAGGAAAAGUCUUAUACUUUUCUGCAGAUAAACUAAAGGAUACCAUUAUCAUUGAUGUUCAGUGGUUUGUUGAUGCAUUCAAAUACAUCAUAACCGACGAAAAGCAUUUUGCACGGAAAGACGGCAGCAACACACAAGUGAAUACCGGAAAAAUUCCUGGGCGGUACAUUGAAAAAGUAUGGGAAAGUAUCAAAGACGAUCAAGAUGUCAAUAAAUUUGACAUUAAUGUUAAUGGGAAAACUGAAAAACAUCAUGAUUUCUUAUCGCUAUCUUAUUUAAAUCAUAAAGAUGACAUUCUACAAUACAUGGACAAACUUGGUUUGAUGACAAGAAUUGAAGCUCAGGUUGGCCAUGGUGAUGAGGAAGAGAUGUAUUACAUUCCGAGUAUGAACAGAACCGACCUUCCUGAGACCAAAAAAAUUGCAAUCAACAAAACACAAAAAUCACCCAUGAUGGUGUACUUUUUCAAGUCUUAUUUACCCCAUUUUUUCUUCUUUCGAUUGGUAGUAAAUUGUUUAAAUAAAUGGGAAGUUUUUGAUAAAGAGUCCUUUUUUAAAAAUGCUGCAUUUUACAAAGCAGAAGAAGCUGGACAUUGUUUUGCCAUCGCCGUCAACAACACAUCUGUCCAACUACAAGUUUUUACGUGUGACGAAACGUUGAACGAAAAAUGCGUCAAGAAUGUUAGGAAUACAGUAGAGGAUAUGAUCAAGGACAUUACAAAAACCUUUCAUAAGGGAAUUAUAUACGAUAUGGGUUUUUCAUGCCAGGACAUUACAAUCGCAGAUGAAGAUGAAAAAUUCUUUUUGAAAGAGUCUGAAAUCAGCCAGAAAGUAAGGACUUCCAAGGAAAUGUCGUGCCCAAGACAUUUUCUUGGGACAAGCAAACACACAAUUGAUACAAAUAAAAUACGUAUGUGUUUGUUAGAGAGGAAUUCCACCUUGUAUUCAAAAGACAAUUAGAACGCAUUUAACACAGCUGAAAUAAUUUUGCUUCUGUACAUAAAACGCUAUUUCUCAAGUGAAAAGAAGGUAGAGAAAAUACACGAGUAAAUUAUAUUAAGGAUAUUUUAGCAUAAUAUUUGAAUUACACAGAGACGAAUUUUUUUUUCUAAUGUACGAGUAUUAUUGAGGCAUCGGAUACUUUCAUAUGAACGAGUUUUAAAAUAUUUAUAUAACUGUUUAGGCGCCACAACAUCUUUGCGUGCAUUUGUUAAAGGUUGAUUUAUUACAAAAAGUUUCUCUUAGGUGAUUUGUGAUGUAAUGUAAGUUUUAAUCUCGGAAUUGGCAAGGGCAUACUUUAUGUAUAUUAUUUUCUUACCGGCAAAUAACUCUUAAUUUUGAACUGGUCAUUAUUAAAAUAUAUCAUAAAU